UCUGAAUGUGAUAUCAAUCAAAGCUGUCAAUGAUUCCAGAACUAAUCAAAAAUGUCCUGUAUUUGCGAAUUCCAUUCGCCAGUUGUGGACAGCCCCAAGAGCCUUACGCAGCUUCCAUUGCCAGCCAACGACGACGGGUCUUCAACAGAGGUCACCCCAAAAGAUGCUGGGGAAGAAGAACCUGCAGAGCCGAGUGUCACAGAUUCUGCAGUGUCGGCCUCUGACCUAGCCGACUGCCGUGCGGAAAACUGGCUCCUGAAGAAGAAGCUGCGCGAAUACGAGGUCACAAUUGAGAACUUGGAACAGCUGGUGUCCACCUUAGUUGAGAAGCAGCACCAGAUCUUGAGCGAUAUGUUUAACCUGCGCACGGAAAACCACGAACUACAGUCGGAAUGUCAUCUCCAGCGUGAGUAUCACUCGAUGGAGAGGAAUGCCUUGCUGAAGCAGUUGAACGAUGCCCAGAACCGAGAUAUGAUCUUGUCCCUCACACAGGAAAGUCGAUCAAUAGAACCGCCUAUUAACUCGGACUCGCUGUUCGUGGCCAAUUCUGACAAGGAGGAUCAGUGUCAAUACGGCAACGAGAGCAACGACGAGCAGGAGUCGAAUAGCGAAGAGGAGAACGAGGAUCGUUCCGGCGAGAGUUCAGCGCCAAGCUCAGAAUACAGCUCACCCAGCCCAACGUGUUCGGAAUCGGAGGAUACGGAUGUGGACAAUGAUCUGUCUGGGGAUAAAAGCUCCGAUAGUAAUAGCGAAACAGACUAGAACACUCCUUAUAAUUAAAGUUUAUAUUUUCUUAAAUAAAAUGUAAA